AUGGAUGUAGAUCAAGGUCUUGCAGCACUGAAAGCAGCAUCUCCAGCAAGCAUGUCGGACUCAGAAUAUGACGAGAUAGAUAAGUUCAACGCUAACCAGGAGAAAAUUUUAUUGGAAGAGGCCGGAAAUUACGGGAGACACUCGGAGGGCGAUGAAUCAUCCGAAGAAGAAGUCUUGGGGAUUGAUGAAGAUAGUGACGAAGAAGAUGUGAGGAAAGAGGAUGAUGAUGAAUUGGAUGAGAGUGAAGAGGAGGAGGAACUAGCCGAAGAAUCAGACGAUGAGAAGAAUUGGGGAGGAAGAAAGAAUUAUUAUGGGGGAGAAGACGAUGAAGAUGUCAAGAUGAUGACUGAAGAGGCCAUGAAGCAACAAAAGAAGCACCUUCAAGACUUGGCAAUGGACGAUUUUGUUGAUGAAGAGCUUAUGGAAGACUGGAAGAAGAAAUCAGAAGACGCUUCUAAGGAAGGUUUGGACGAGAUUUCCAUCUUGAAGGCCACUGAAAAGGGAGGUUUGGAUACCCUUUCCAAGAAGGAAAGGUUGAAGUUAUUGAACCAGCAGUUCCCAGAGUUUGUUCCCUUGUUGGGAGAGUUACAAUCGUUGUCGAUGACGUUGAAAUCGUUGGAAAGUAAGAAAUUUGAGGUAACAGAGGUCAAAAGGAUUGCACUUUCUGCUUACUUGGGUUCUAUCUCCAGUUACUUUGCCAUUUUUAUGGACUCCAUGAAGAACGACGAUGGAUUCAAUAGCAUGAAAGAAAACCCGGUAAUGGAGAGCAUAUUGAGUGCAAAAGAAGUCUGGAGACAGGCAAAUGAGUUGAGUGACGAUGUGGUGGAGCGUACCGUGCAAGUACAUGGAGAUAGUGAAGCUGAGAUGGAUGUUGCAGAAGACUGGGAAGCUGAGAUGGAAGACAUGGAGAGAAGCGCAGAAGAAAACCAAUCGGAACCAGACUCAGAGGAUCAGUCUGAAGAAGAAGAAGAAGAAGAAGAAGAAGAAGAAGAGCAAGCCUCUUCAGGCAACGCUCUUCCUGACAUUACCGUCAAGCGUACCAAAUCCAAGGGUAAAUCUGCUGCAUAUGGAGACUAUCAGGAAUCUUCUACCGCCCACGAUGUUGAUCUUGAAGACAAGACUCGUCGUAAGAAGACUCUUCGUUUCUAUACUUCUCGUAUCGACCAGGCUGCUACUAAGAAUUCCAAUGCUGAGAGGUUUUCGGGAGAUUUAGAUUUGCCAUACAGGGAAAGAUUAUUUGAAAGACAGCAAAGGUUAGUCGAAGAAGCCAGAAAGAGAGGUUUAGAAGAGAAGGAUGUACUUGGAGGAGAUGAUGACGAUAAUGACUUUAAUGACGACGCUGCAUUUGGAAAUUCCGGAGACGACAUAGGAGAAGACCUCCAAAUCGGAAACGACGACGGGGAAGACGAUUACUACAACUCGAUCAAGCAGACCAAAUCUAAUACUAAACUUGCACGUAAACAAGCACAUGAUGAUGCUGUGAAGGCGGCCAAGGAGGGUAAAUUAGCAGAAUUACAAGAGUCCGUGGGAGAUGAUGGCAAGAGGGCAGUCAACUUCCAAAUUCUCAAGAACAAGGGUCUUACACCUCACAGAAACAAGGACAAUAGAAAUUCAAGAGUUAAGAAGAGAAAGAAGUAUGAAAAGGCCCAAAAGAAACUUAAGUCGGUUAGACAAGUGUAUGACGACAGCAACAGAGGUCCUUACGCUGGUGAAAAGACUGGUAUUAAGAAGGGUAUUUCUAGAUCAGUGAAGUUGAAUUAG